AUGGAUCCCGCUGCUUGGUCCAAAGUGACCGACGGUCCCGUCUUCUCGUCUAGUGAUAGCGAGUAUGGCCCUGGCCACAACGGGAAUGGUCUCAAGGGACACUACUUCACAGAGUUUGCGCACCAACAUAUCAAGGUCAGCCGGCAAGAGGCUUGUAAAGCAUGGCUGGCGUGUAUCGACCUGGUGCAUAUCCUCGAGUGGUUGAGUAAAGCACCGCCCAAGCUGGUAGCACAGAAGGCCCGGGCGAUUGACACAGAUGUCGCAAGUUGGGGUAUGCUCUUCAACGCUCCCACUAACGACUUCUCAAAUUCGUGGUGGAGGCUCCUCUUUAGAGAAUGGAGAAACGUGCCCGGGAACUUUCCAAAGUCCUUCAUGCUUUGUACUCAUGGGAAGAGAACGGCUACAUUCCAGCAACUUGGGAGCAGCAUGCUUUAA